UCGGGCUGUUGUAGCGGAGGGACGAAAUGUCCUUGAAGAAGUCCAGGAUAGCAUGUCAGAAACUGAGCGUAGUGAGAGGUUGGGCGCGCGCAAGAAAAAACCAGUCCCAAUUAAGGAAAAUGGCCCCCCCGGUGCGUCUAAUGACAAGGGGGUGUAUGCAUCGGACCCUAGAGGUCCCUUGCCUGUUGUAAGAAAGAAAGGGAGUACUAGUCUAUACCCUUUACAAGAGCUUGAAGCUUUAAUUGCCGAUAGCUCCGAUGAUUCUAAAAGUUCAGAAGAAGAAGACUUAGACCCUGAGGAAGAAGCUGAACUAGAGGAGGAAGAAGCCAGAUAUGAGGAGGAGAGGUAUCAUCCUGAUGAUCACUUGCGGAGUAAGAGAGAGCCCCGAAAGCGGCAGCCUUAUGCAGCCUCCCCGCAGGUAGUCCCUUCAGCGCCCCCUCCUUAUGAAAUGCGCCGGAAGUCCUUCUCCUUCCUCCCGGAGAAAGUAAAAAGAAAACUACGCCUUGCUUAUCCUGUUUGUGAAGGCGCAGAGGGAGGACGGGUGCAUGCACCCAUAGAGUAUAGUCAACUUAAAGAAUUGGCAGAGUCGGUCAGAAAAUAUGGAGUAACAGCCAACUUUACUCUAGCACAAUUGGACAGGCUGGCCAUGGCCGCCAUGACCCCAGCUGACUGGCAGACGGUGGCGAAAGCAUCGCUUGUCAGCAUGGGCCAAUAUUUGGAAUGGAAAGCUCUCUGGCAUGAAGCUGCACAGGAGCAAGCCAGGGCCAAUGCUAUGGCUCUGACUCCGGAACAGCAACAAUGGACGUUCGACCUCCUGACAGGUCAAGGGCGUUUUGCAGCUAAUCAAACAGAUUAUCACUGGGGUGCAUAUCGGCAAAUUGCUGAUAUGGCCAUUAGGGCCUGGAAGGCACUCUCCAAAAAGGGGGAAGUGAAUAAUCAGCUCACUAAGAUUAUUCAAGGGACCCAGGAGCCUUUUUCAGAUUUUGUGGCGCGAAUGACAGAGGCAGCAGGGCGCAUCUUUGGUGAUCCUGAAACAGCCGCGCCUCUUACUGAACAGCUUAUCUUUGAGAACGCCACUCAGGAAUGUCGCGCGGCCAUAGCCCCAAGAAAGAAUAAAGGACUACAAGAUUGGCUCAGGAUUUGUAGAGAACUUGGUGGUCCCCUUACUAAUGUAGGAUUGGCUGCUGCCAUUUUACAGUCUCAAAAGCGCCCCCUUAAAGGGCCUGACAAAAGAGUUUGCUUUAAAUGUGGAAAGCCGGGGCAUUUUAAAAAGGACUGUAGAGCAUCAGAAAGAGAAAGGGCUCCACCUACCCUCUGUACCCGCUGUGGUAAGGGCUACCACAAAGCUGAGCUAUGUCGCUCAGUAAGGGAUAUAAAGGGCAGAGUUCUCCCUCCUAUGGAGACAUUUGUGAAUAAGAAUCCAAAAAACGGGGCAGUGGGCCCUCGAUCCCAGGGCCCACAAAAAUAUGGGAACAGGUUUAUCAAGGCAACAGACGAGGCUCCCCCGGAAACAGAACAAGAGUGGACUUGUGCGCCUCCUCCGACUUCUUACUAAUGCCCCAGAUGGGGGUGCAGCCUGUCCCUGUUCAGAUGCCUACACCAUUGCCACAAGGGAGCGUAGGUCUCCUUUUAGGCCGAGGAUCGCUCACCCUGCAGGGACUAAUUGUCCAUCCUGGUAUAAU